AUCACAGUUGCUAUGGUUCCCAUUUGGGAUCACGUGAGCGGAUAUUGAUCGAGGUUUCUGAUCUGCAUACAUCGGGAAGGAAGCGUCGAUUAUCUAAACUUGUGUUCUUGUAUGUUUGUUUUAAAUGUCGGACUGGGAAGAUGAAUACGAUGCGGGUGGUGUGGCGAUUUCAAAGCCGUUACCCGUUAAAAACGCCCCGGUAGAGUCAUGGAGGCCUCCGUCUUUGAGAGGCGCGCGAAGCCGAGAAGCCACGAGUGUCGGCGCAAAGUUUGGUAACGUUAGAGAGGGCGAGCAGUGGACAAACUGGAGGGACCGAAACGUUGAAUCAAAUAUUUGUGACGGUGAAGCCGGUAAAAACAUUAGUUACAGUCGUCCCAGGGCUGGACCUACAGGAUGUCGUAGUAGUGGAGACGGAUCAGGUUCAUCACCGGAAGCUCUAACGUUACAUGUGGAAAACUCUUUGGUGGGGAGGAUAAUAGGUCGAGGUGGUGCGAAAAUUCGGGAGCUCGAAGAGAGCAGUGGAGCAUCGAUAAAGAUAAACCGUGGUGCGCAUGAUGCUGAGGUGCUUAUCUUUGGAAGCUGUGAUGCUCAGCUCAAAGCCAAAGACAUGAUUGAAGAUCUGGUGCAUGGGAACUCUGUCAGAGGUCCUGGAUACCGCAAUGGUAGAAGAGUACCGAAAUCCCUAAGAUACAAGAAUCUGUGCUUUUUAUUUGUAAUGUUAAUUACCGAUAAUUUAGGUUUAACAUUUACAUUUGAAUCUCCAGGAAAUAGCGAUGCAGGAUAUCAGGGUGACUCAUGCUGGCCAGCUUCUGCUGUACGAGCUGUGGCUGCAGCUGCUCCAACACCUGUACCUAUUGACUGGACUGCACUGAGAGAAAACCGUGACAAAUAUGAAGCUAUUAAAUGGCAAGAUCUUCCCACUCUAAAGAAGGAUUUCUAUAUUGAAGCAAAGUCAGUGGCAGCUCGUAGUGCAGAAGAAGUAAAAAUCUGGAGAAAAGAGAACAACAACAUCUUUGUGGAUGAUCUGAAAGAUGAGGAUAAAAGAACCAUUCCCAAUCCAGUGUGCACUUUUGAGGAGGCUUUUGUUCACUAUCCUGGAAUAAUGGAAAACAUUGUCAGAGUGGGAUUUCAAAAGCCAACUCCCAUUCAGUCACAAGCCUGGCCGAUAAUCCUGAAAGGAAUAGAUCUGAUUGGAAUAGCCCAGACAGGAACAGGCAAAACUUUGGCCUACCUGCUUCCUGGCUUUAUUCAUAUGGAUGAGCAACCUGUGCCCAGGGACAGGAGAGAUGGCCCUGGCAUGUUGGUUUUGACUCCCACUCGUGAGCUGGCCCUCCAGAUUGAAGCAGAGUGCAACAAAUACAGCUACAAAGGAUUUAAAAGCAUCUGUAUCUAUGGAGGAGGUGACCGAAAGGCCCAGAUUAAAGUAGUGACCGGUGGUGUGGACAUAGUCAUUGCCACACCAGGACGAUUAAACGAUUUGCAGAUGAAUGAGCUCAUCAACUUGCGCUCCAUCACCUAUCUGGUGUUGGAUGAGGCUGAUAGAAUGUUGGAUAUGGGCUUUGAACCUCAAAUCAUGAAAAUCAUUCUAGAUAUUCGACCUGACAGACAAACUGUAAUGACUAGUGCCACCUGGCCAACAGGUGUCAGGCGGCUGGCCAAAUCCUACCUGAAAGAGCCCAUGAUGGUUUAUGUGGGAACCUUAGAUCUAGCAGCGGUGAACACUGUUCAUCAGACAGUGCUGUUCGUUCAGGAGGAAGAAAAAAAAGACUAUGUUUUUGACUUCAUCCACCGAAUGGAGCCUCAAGACAAAGUACUAAUAUUCGUUGGGAAAAAAAUAAAAGCCGAUGACCUCUCCAGUGACCUGUGUCUGCAGGGUGUAGCGGUUCAGUCUCUGCAUGGAGACCGAGAGCAAAGCGACAGAGAAGAGGCACUGCAGGACUUUAGAGAUGGUCGUGUGCGGAUUCUGGUGGCGACCGACCUGGCCUCUCGGGGGCUAGAUGUUCAUGACAUCACGCAUGUUUUCAACUAUGACUUCCCUCGGAAUGUGGAGGAGUAUGUGCACCGUGUCGGGAGAACUGGUCGAGCAGGGAGGUCUGGUGCCUCUGUAACCCUGGUAACAAGAGAAGACUGGAAAGUAGCUUCUGAGUUGAUCACCAUUCUGGAGAGAUCUGGUCAGGAUGUACCGGAAGAACUGGUGCUGAUGGCUGAACGUUAUGAAAAACACCAGAGGGAGAAAGAAAUGUUUGCGCCCAGAGGCAGAGGAGGAGGACAGAGAGGUCGUUUCAGAGGAGGCUCAGAGCAGAGGUUCUGAUCUCUUGAAAGGUUGAUGUAACUACUUACUGGAGUUAAUUCAUAAGCUUUUAAAGUGUUAAUCCUCUCACUUGAUGCUUGAAGUCCUUGUAAUUGACCAUUUAAGUUUUGUUUUGUUUAAGAAACACUGAUUCAUUUUAUAUGCAUGAUGUUUCUUUAAUGGGAAUUUUUUUUUUUUUUUCUCCAGUUCAGUAACAUUUAUUAUUGUUAUCUACGUUGAUGUGAGGUAAAACGCCCUUAACUUUAGAUGACAUAACUAUCUUGUUCAGUUGAAUGUGUAUCAAAUAAAAGCCUUUGAAAACUA